GUUUUUAACCUUCUUCAAAGCAUAUUUUGAUAAAUUCUUUUUGUUAAAAUCGACGACUUCAGUAAACAAUGUUGACACAAAGUGCACGUUCGUUAAUUUCCCCAAUCCGCAUGGCUUUGGCACAUGCAGCACGUUGUGCCGCAACAGAGGCUCCGCAGCGCGUAGAAAAAACUGUUAACAAUGUCACCAUUCUGGGCCGAGUUGGCGCUGAUCCGCAAAUGCGGGGUUCCGUAGAGCACCCGGUUGUAAUGUUUUCUGUGGCGACGCAUGCUAAUUACAGGUACGAAAAUGGUGAUUGGGCACAACGUACCGAAUGGCAUCGCGUAGUGGUUUUCAAACCAGCUUUACGUGAUACCGUCAUGCAGCAUCUGAAAAAAGGUCAACGUACAAUGGUGCAAGGAAAAAUCACCUAUGGUGAAAUUACCGACCAGUCAGGCAAUCAAAAGACUACCACUAGCAUAAUAGCUGAUGAUGUAAUUUUCUUCCGAACUGAGGCGUGAUUAUAUUUUUGUGUAGAUAAGUUACAUAUUUUUAAGCGUUUCAUACACUAUUCUUAUGUAACUAUAACACAUUCUAAGCUUAAUUUUGUAAAGUUUUAAUAACUAAAUAAUUUCAAUUAGUAUAUA